GGGGAAAUCUGAGCUCACGGAGUGAACAGAGGCAGGUCGCAGGAAGGGAAGUGACGCUCAGGAAGGUGUACACAGUCUGGGUCAUGUGAUUAAAACUCUAAACAAGACACGGAGCCUCAGAUCGGUGUGAAUAAAGGGAUCACCGCGAGAAGGCUACUGGUAGCCAGCAAUCUCCAUCAUGGCAGAUGAUUUGAAGAGAUAUUUAUACAAGCAAUUGCCAACGGUUGAGGGCCUCCAUGCAAUAGUAGUAACAGACAGAGAUGGAGUUCCAGUAAUCAAAGUUGCCAAUGACAAUGCUCCGGAGUACGCUCUGCGGCCAGGCUUUCUCUCCACCUUUGCCCUGGCCACAGAUCAGGGCAGCAAGCUGGGGCUGUCCAAAAACAAGAGCAUCAUCUGCUACUAUAACACAUAUCAGAUUGUGCAGUUUAACCGAUUACCCUUAGUGAUCAGCUUCAUUGCAAGUAGUAGUGCUAACACAGGUCUCAUCAUCAGUUUGGAGAAGGAGCUGGUUCCGCUGAUUGAGGAACUGAGGCAGGUGGUGGAGGUCGCCUAAGAAUCAGUCAGCAUUACAACUACUGCAGCAUCGUACACCUGCAUCAGGUUAUAAGAGCCACACACACACACACCUUGGACAUUGCUACAAUUCUCCCCUUGUGUUGUUGAGACACACACACACACACACAAAGAUUGGUAUGAUGUUAACUGUGAAAUUGGAUUUUAUGUCAGUUGCUCUUGAUGCUGUAUGUUUCUCUUAUGAAUGUAACCCCUUCUGUUUGUUUUGUUUCAUCUAAUUAAUAAAUUGUGUAAGACUUUGGUGUACAAAAA